AUGAAGUCUGCUGUCGAGGGUCUACUGGAGCCAAGCAGAAACUCCUCGUUUUCAAGGGAUGAGAGAGAGAGAGGAGGAGGAGGAGGAGGAGGAGGAGGAGGAGGAGGAGGAGGAGGAAAAAGUCAAGUCGGCGCUGACGAGGAGAAGGAAGACGUGGAAAAUAAGGAGGAGGAAGAGGAGGAGGAGCACCAGCACCAUAUCAGCAUGAACCCCCUUGUAUUUGCCAAACUAAUGCAAACUCGGACGACGCCGAAAAAGAAGAAGCAGCAGCAGCAGAUGGCUAUGCAAAUUGAGAGGAAAGAGGGAGAACAUAUGUUGGAGAUGUUGAAGAAGGCUGAGCUAAUCACUCAGAAAGAGGGAGAACAUGUGUUGGAGAUGUUGAAGAAGAUUGAGGUGAUCACUUGGAAAGAGGGAGCACAUAUGGUUUAA